AUGUAUUUCUCCAGUCUCCUAGCUGGUUUGGCUUUUGCCUCCCCGUCAUUAGGUUAUGCAAUCCCUUUAGCUAAACCAGCCCUUGCCUCGCGGCAAUGGGUCUAUGAGAUUCCGUCCAAGGACAGCAUCGUCAUCAAGCAACACGAGGCAGCGCGUGCAGCUCUGAUGCAACUGGAGGAUACAGAGAGACAAGAUGCUCAAUUCAGGAAAAGCCUUUCUGAGGUUUGUGGGAAAGCAGACAACAUCACCAGAGCCAUCCGACUGAACGAAACCAACACAAUCUGGCGUGAAAAUGGUGGCUACGCUGGUGAAAUGUUUUCCAAGGCCCGUGAGACAAUCCUCCAAACGAAACUCUGGAAGAUCGUCGAUGGCAUGCCCAAGGGCGCGUUGUUGCACGCCCACCUGACUGCCAUGCUCCCUUACGAUGCCUUGCUAGAUGUGGUCAUGGAGACAGAAAACAUGGGAUUCUGGGCAUCGCAAAGUCUCAACAGCCCGGAGGCUCGCAAUAAAUCCAAGUUUGAGUUCUCCUACCGUGGUAAGGAUUUCAAGAGCGCUGCCAACCCUGCCAGCGUUUACGCGGCGGAAUACCAACCCUACAACACAUCCACCAACGAGAAAAUUUACAUGGACGUCAAGGCUGCAGCCGACCAAUACCCAGACGGUGGUUCCAAGGAAUUCCGCAAGUUUGUCAAGAGCAAGAUGGUGGUCCUGCCAGAGGAGGCCACGCACCACGAGCUCGGCGUUGACGACAUCUGGAAGAAGUUCCAAUCCGCCUUCGAACCUGCGGGUACAAUGCUGACUUACGAGCCCAUCGUGCGCAGGUUCUGGCAGCUUCUGUUCAACAAGCUCGCUGAGAACAGAAUCAGUUGGGUUGAGAUACGCGCUGGAGGUUCCCGCGGAAAGCUUGUGCCCCAGAACCAGGUGAAUGCUACGAAUGAUCCAAGUGUGUGGUGGACGGUCAUGAACGACGAGCUUCAGAAUUUCACCAGCACUCGAGCCGAAAACUCGACGCAUCCCUUCCAUGGAGCCCGUGUCAUCUGGUCCGACUCGCGAAGCAAGACACAAUCUAAGCUGAAAGAGAGCAUGACCGAUCUGUUUGCCAUGAAAAAGGAGUUCCCUCUCCUGUUCAGCGGAUACGACGUCGUUGCUCAAGAGGAUCUGGGCCGCACCUUGUUGGACAUGGCCCCGGAGCUACUUUGGUUCCAAGAAGAGGCCAGGAGACAUGAUGUCACACUGCCGUUCUUCUUCCACGCAGGCGAAACCCUCGGAGAUGGAAAUUCGACUGACGAUAAUCUGUUUGAUGCCCUCCUUCUGGCCGUCAAGAAGAACGUCAUGGUCGAGGUGUGCCCCAUCUCGAACGAGGUCCUUCGGCUGGCGACGGAUAUUCUCCACCAUCCUCUCCCGGCCAUGAUUGCGCAUGGCGUCCCCACGGCCAUCAGCAAUGAUGAUCCAGCGAUGCUGGGCCAAGACUCAGCCGGCCUGAGUUUUGAUUUCUACCAAGUCAUACAGGGUUUUGACAAUGUUGGACUCGCUGGACUGGGCGCACUGGCGCAGAACAGUCUCCGAUGGUCCAACUUCGAGGACCAGAAUGACAAGGAUUGGGAGCUGGGUAUUACACUUGGUUCAGAUGCACCAAGUGUGAAGGGCGCUCGCAUUCGCGAGUGGAAUGCGCAGUGGAAUAAUUACUGCCAGCAGAUCGUGGAUGAGUACGGGGCGGAAUGGGGUUCAUGA